CCGGUACUUUAUGUCCUGAUUAAACCCUUGUUAAGGAAUUUUGACAGGUCGUUAACGUUAACCAGCGCUAGUCUGUACUUUCAUCCCCGGUUAAGACUUAACAGCUCAUUAACGGCUGUUUAACUUUAACGAACAGAUUACGAAAGCAUUCUAACCCUACAUUUAUAAAAUAAAUGUAUGUGUUUUUGUUUCGUGAACUAUUGUUUUAUUUUUUGCAAAAUUUACUAUUUAUAUCGAGGAAAUGGACCUUCAAGAACUUGAAGAACUUUUUGAAGAUGACGAUGAGGAAAUAAUAUAUUUUUUAAAUAACUUCAGAACGUAUAAUGUACGAGAGAGAAAAAAUUAUAUGUUAGAAUUCGAUGAAAACGAAUUUUCGUUCAGGUUUCGUUUUCCUAAGAAUACAGUAAGACAACUGGUGCAAGAGCUGGGUCCCGUUUUACACCAUGUAAAUCUUAUGUACCACGAGCUUGAUGCUACAGCACAAGUUUUAAUAACUUUAAGAUUUUAUGCUACUGGAAGUUUUUACAUAGUUAUGGGUGAUUUUGGUGGCAUCCAUAAAACAACAGCAGGAAGAAUCAUAAAACGAGUAACAGAUGCCAUCGUUUCUUUAAGGCCCCAAUAUGUAAAAUUUCCAAAUAUUGAGGACAUAGAUAAUGUUCAAUUAAGCUUUUAUAGAUUUGCUAGAUUUCCAAAAGUUAUUGGUGCAAUAGAUUGUACUCACAUCCCCAUAAAAUCACCAGGUGGCAACAAUGCUGAAUUUUUCAGAAACAGAAAAGGUUUCUUUUCUUUAAAUGUUCAAGUGGUUUGUGAUGCCAACAAUUAUAUUAUGGAUGUAGUUUGUCGUUGGCCAGGUUCUUGCCAUGAUAGCCAUAUUUUUAAUAACUCCUCUUUAAAGACAAGAUUUGAAAAUGGGGAAUUUAUGGAUAAAGUGUUAUUAGGGGAUAGUGGAUAUCCAGUCCUCAACUACCUAAUGACACCAUUACAGAAUCCUCAGAGAGCAGCUGAAGUACUGUAUAAUGAAUCUCAUAUUGCAUCAAGAAUUGUGAUUGAGAGAACAUUUGGUCUUUUAAAGAGCAGAUUUCCCAUUUUAACAUGUGGAAUGAGAUGUAAGUUACCUUUUAUUCAACGGAUAAUAACAGCUUGUUCAGUUUUGCAUAAUAUUGCAAUAAUUAAUAGAGAAAUACUGGUAAAUGAGGAUGCAGUUGAUGUUGAUUUAGAACAAGUUGUAGCAGUACAUUUCCAUCCAGGAGCAAUUCCAGUCCAACGAAAUUUUAUUAAUUAUUUUGAAACAUUGUUAUAGAUAAUUUAAUGGUAGUUUAUUUUAUAUUAAUUUAUUAUUAAUUAUUUAAUAUUAGUUAGUUUAUUGAUAUAAUUGUGUAGUUUUAAAAAUCUAUG